CCCCCGCCGGCGGCCACUCCGGCCCCGGCGUACACUCUCCCUUCGUCCUCACCGGUGGCCUGCCUGGUUUGGGCGCUCUCCCGUCCCCAUGGCUGACGGUUCGCGCAGUCCGCCGUCGGUCUCCUCCACUUACCCGCGGGAGAGGCCCGUGGUGUCGGGGCUGGGGCUCUCGGCCUCGCCCGGUUCGGCGCGCUCUUUGUCUGCUGGCACGGCGGCGGCGGCUGAGGUGGCGGUCCCGGAGCAAGGCUGGAACAGGCCGGGGCUGUCCCGCAAGGACAUGUGGAGGCGCCGCCGUGCUCUGCGUCGCCAGCAGGGUGCUGGCGGCCAGACCGGUGCGGACUCCCCCACUUCAUCGGAGAGAAGACAUAUCCCGCCGGACCUCUACGGGCUCUGUUUCAGAUGCUUCCAAGAUGGGCACAGGAGACAAGACUACAACAACGAUCCCCUCUGCAUCCGCUGUGGCUACGUCGGGCACGUCUCCUCGCAGUGCACCCUGUCACGCAGCCCUAUGUCAGAGGAGGAGCUCCGGCGAGCGGUGAUUGCCAAGGUUGCCAGGCGGCAGCCGGCACCGAGGCGGUCACCACCUUUGGGGGAGAGGCUGAUGGAGCCUAGGCAGAGCGCGCUGCCGACGCGCAUCUCGCCAGUCGCGCCCAGCUUCCCCCAUGAGGUAGCCGGUGCUGCCUUCUUGGAGGUGCCAGCGGAGGUGUGCAUCGUGCAGCGCUCGGUGGGCAUGGAUGAUCUAGAGCGGAGGCUCCAGUUGGCGGUGGUGGCGUACGUGGGUGGCUCCAGGCCGCCAACAUCCUGCGCGGUGGCGGCGGAAGCGAUUUCGGCACAGUUGGGCAUUCCAAGGCACAAGUUUUCCGUCCAUAAAUUUCACCCGGAGGACUAUCUGGUGGUGUUUGCGGCACACGAGUUCAGGAACAGGGCGCUGGCGGUGCCGUUCGUGGAGCAUCAGGGCGUCAAGAUCUUCUUCAGGCCAUGGCUUCGGCAGGCGCAGGCAACAUCAAGGCUCAUGCGCGUCCAAGUGGACCUCAUGAUUGAAGGGAUCCCCUCGCAUGCCUGGUCUUGGGACACGACAGCGGAGCUUCUUGGCAGUUCUUGCCACAUCGACGAGCUUGCGCCUGAAACAGAGAGCAGGGAGGAUCUCUCGUUGUUCAAGCUGCGUGCCUGGUGCGUAGAUCCUGACGAGGUGCCUGUUUUUCGGCGCUUCUGGGUGCCGGAGCCGCCGGAGUUGGUUCUGGACCCCGCGGCGCGUCGCAUCAGGCAUCGGCAGCUGCUGGAGUAUCCUGCGUUCAUCCAUAUUGGCAAGCUAUGGGAUUUCAACUCGCCGGACAACUGGAGGAGAGCAGGUUCGGAUGGAGACAGCGGGCAGAGCGGGCUGCCGGACAGUGCGGACGGAUCGUUCUCGGGCGGCGAGUGGACGGUGCACCAACGUGGUCGCGUGGUGUCUGCGAUGACCGUGGUGCUGGCCAGAGAGGCCAGGGGCCGGCGACGGGCGGCGGCUCAGGCUGCAGAUCCUACAGGCAGGUGCUGGUAGGUAGGCUGGGGCCCUCUGACUGGAGGAUACCGGCCAUGAUGUCGGAGGUGCCAGUGGGGCAGCUUAUCCCACGCAAUGCUGUGGUGAGUAGACCAGUGGCACGACCAGGACCAAGAGAUUCAAAAAUGCACCAAACCCGGGGGCUACGCUGGUGGGACUGGCCCCACAGGUGGCCAAUGUGGUGGUGCCAGCAGUUGGGCUGGUCACGCCGAGUCUUGGGAUUGCCACGGGUGAGAAGAGACAAACCCCGCAGGUGGAGGCUUCGGAGCAUGUGGUCUCCCAGCUGGCAUUGGAUCGUGGUGCAGGCCCCGAGGCAGACAAAGUGCUGGUUGGUGCUCAGGAUAUGGGUGUAGAGCCACAGGAGUCGGAACAAUUGGCGCGGAUCGAGAUUGGAUAGGGCCGGGAUCCGGUGCGGUCACCGCAGUGCUCGAGCAGAGAGACCGAGGUGGUGUUGGGGGAUUCCAGGGCACAUUUGAUCCGGCAGGAGGCUGAUCAGGUUGCACAGGCUGGGGACACCGAGGGAGGCACGCGGGCAACUGGCUGGGACCCGGUGUCGGAUGUGAUUGCCUCUGACUCCCGGCCUGAGGCUCUGGUAGGGUCGGUGAUGGAGACCGUAUCCUCCUCGGAUGGCGAGCGGGUGGGGCCCGUGGCGACCGGUUAGGAGAUUGUUUUGGCAUCUCCGGGGCGGGACCCAGACCGCAUGCAGUUGGUGGGGGCGUUUGACAUGACCACGUCAGGAGCCAUGCAAAGGGAGGAGGCGGGCCUUUCGGACAAAGAGCAAGUUGCUUUGGGUAAUAUCUAAUCCUUCUGCUCCGGUCUGCUGAAAAAAUUGGCGCCACCACUUCUAAAGGAGAUCGAGUCCAUGAGAGGUGUGCGUUCGGGACAAGACCCGUUCACACCAAGGCGCAACACAUGGUCCACUGGUGCUGGCAACCCGUACCAAGUCUAGGGCUUCGGCGGCAGAAACUGUUCUGCUCAAAGCUCUUGGCAUCGCGGAGGACGACCUCGCCGUUUAGGAUGGAGCGUUGGAGCAGCUGCGGGUCAUCUUUGACUCGCCGCUACGCGAGCCUCAGCUCAAGGCGAUAGCGGCCAUCUUCGGGAAAACGGUGCCGGUUAACCUUACCGGUACUAUGGAGAGUGUGAUGGUCAUGUAGAGUGGUCGGGCGAGUACGGACAUUGGAGCACCCCUGCUUCCAAAUGUCGUACACAUCUCUGGAGAUGGUUUGCUGGAAUGUGAGAGGGCUCAACAGCCCAGCGAAGAAGGAUGCGCUUAGGGAGCUCGCUGACUCGAUGAAAGUAGCUAUAUGGUGUAUUUUAGAGACUAAGGUCGUGCAUGUAGACACAUACAUUAUCAUGCAGUGCUUAGGGCUGGCUUAUGAUGGUUUUGUGUAUCUUCCUUCGUCUAAUACUCGUGGGGGCAUUUUUAUUGCUUGGACUCCUCGAAGGUGUCAAUAUCCAACAUGGUGCUGGAUUCUAACUUCAUCAUGGGCUACGUUUCCCCUAGGGAGGGACAACCUUGGUGGCUAUCGGUCGUGUAUGGACCACAGGAGGAUGCGCAAAAGAUUACCAUGAUGGAGGUGCUGACAACUAGAUGAGGUCUCUACCCGGGGCCGUGGAUGGCAGUGGGCGAUUUCAACAUGAUUCUGAAUGCAUUAGACAAAAACAACUCUCUCUUGGACAGGAGAAUGAUGGGUCGUUUCAAGAGGUUUGUGGAUGACAAUGCUCUCAAGGAGCUGUUCUUACAUGGCAGGCGGUUCACGUGGAGCAACGAGAGAGAAAACCCCACCUUGACCAAGAUAGACCGGGCCCUAGUGUCGGUGGACUGGGAGCUCGCGUACCCGGAGUGUUUGUUGCAGGCCCUCUCCACCAACACAUCUGAUCACUGUCCCCUGUUUCUAUCAAUGGAAGACCAGCUACAACCGAGGAAAAGAUUUAGAUUUGAGUUGUUUUGGGUGAAGCUGGACGGAUUCUUGGAUGCAGUGCAUGAUGGAUGGACUUGUGAGGAGAGCAUCACGGACCCUUUUGUUCGGUUGGAUGUGCUGCUUAGGAAUUGUGCGAAGCACCUAACAGCUUGGGGCCAGCGGAAAGUCGGGAACAUUAAGAUCCAGAUUGCGAUCGCGAAUAUGGUAAUCUUACGCUUGGAUUGCGCUCAAGAGAGGCGAUUGCUGUCGGAUGGUGAACGAUGGCUACGAUGAGCUCUGAAGCUUUUGGUUAUGGGACUGGCCUCACUGGAAAGAACUAUAGCAAGGCAAUGUUCCUGUCUACGAUGGUCGCAGAAGGGCGACGCUAAUACCAAGUUAUUCCACUUGGUGGCAAAUGGGAGGAAAGGAAAAAACUUCAUACCCACGAUCUCAGUGGAUGGUCGCACUAUAACAGACCAGGCUGGGAAGGAGGAGGCGUUCUUCGAGGCUUGUAGCGAGUUGCUUGGCACCUGUGCACCUCGCGAGCACACGCUGGAUUUGGAGUUCUUGGGCAUCGAACAAGUAGACCUGGCCGACCAAGACAUGGUAUUUCAAGAGGAGGAAAUUUGGAAUGUGGUGAAGGACAUGCCCUCGGAUCGCGCACCGGGGCCGGAUGGUUUUAUUGGGAUUUUCUUCCAGAAAUCAUGGACGAUCGUCAAGCGGGAUGUGAUUGCUGCUAUGCAUAAGUUCUUUAUCAACAAUGGGCAUGGAUUUGGGAGGCUCAACCAGGCGCUGAUCACGUUGAUCCCUAAAAAACCGGAUGCUUGCCAGAUCAAUGAGUUUAGGCCAAUCUGUUUGCUUCAUAGCAUCCCGAAGAUGGCCUCGAAGCUGUUGGCAACGCGGUUGCGGCCGCGUAUGAGUGAGUUGGUCCACGUGAACCAAUCGGCCUUCAUCAAGGGAAGGAAUAUCCACGAUAACUUUUUGCUUGUGAGACAGCUGGCAAGGAAACUUCACAAAAGGAAGACGAAGGGAGUAAUGCUCAAGUUGGAUAUCUCGC